UUACCGAUAUUAUUUAUUUACUUCGCAACUUACCCUAGCAACGUGCAGGUUCCUUAACAUAUACUUUGAAUUUUAAAAGCUUAUAAUAUGCUGACAUUUGAGAUGCGUAUUUGUAUUUGUAAUUUACUUGCAGGUAUUAAUCGUCCCACUUUUAAUUCUAUGCCCGUAUACAAUCCUGAAAAAGUAAAAAAGAUUUGUCAAUCUGGUGAAAAAUCUGUUGUAUCUGUUUGUGCUUCCAAAAAUUUCGAAGCUGAAAUGUUACCAUCAUCAAAUAUCAACGAGUGUAAAUCUAAUGAAAGGACAAUUAAGGAAACUUUAUGCUCUAAUGAGUCGUCAUCUGUUGGAGAUGCCUAUCACACGUUUACUCUUCGCGCCUCGCGCGGUCACACGCACGCAACGCCAUCUCACUCAUCCUACGAUGAUCCCACCGACCUUCACCCCCCCUUUUGUAGUAUUACGCUCAUGUCGGGUCUCAAGACAUACGUGUAGAUCGCAACUCAUUAAAGAAGGCUUUUUUCACCUAACUGUAUUCGUUCGUUCGAUGCCCGUGCUUCCCAUCUGUUAACAUUAACAGGUUAUGGGCCCAGGGCACAUAAGUCGUAAGAAAAGAUCGUCGUGCGACAUACAGCGCGAUCGCAACGCGACCGACAAAAUUAUAACCCCAAAAGACGACGGACCGCUGUAAGUCG